GUUUUUUCCUUUUUCCCUCCUCUAUACUACAUGUUAGUGGAUCUGAGUGCAGAUGAAUGCAAAUAUUUGACUAAAGGGGGGUGAACUUACUGGACAUUUAUAGAUGUUGAAAGAUUGAUUGAUCCAACAACAGCCCCAACCUGAAUAUACACAACAGAGAAGUAUUGAUCAUGAUGGAUCUCAAAAAUUCAAUGCAGCUAGAAAUAGUUGCCAUAUGCCAAUAGUAAUACCUAACAUGUUCAAUCACAGGAAACUGAGAAAGUUGAACCUUUCAAACAACUAGUAAAUGAAAGCCAUAGCCGUAAAUUAUCCAACUUUGAGUGUACUCAAAUAAUCGUCUUGAUAUCUUUAUGAGAGAAAAAUUAAACCAUAGAGUAGUCUUCAAGCAUUUGAUCCUGUUAGUAUAACAUUUUACCUUAAAAAAAAAGAGGAAGUUUUAAACAUGCUCCACCACUUUGUCCUCAAUAAACUCCAUAUUCUUAAAGUCUGAAUUUUUUCCCCUCGUCCAAAAGUUGCAAGCACAAUAAAAAAAUAACAACGUCCAGCACUCUCAUUAACCCUACAAUUAACAGUACCAAGCAAACAGUGCUCACACACAAUGAGAAUUUUACCAACUACCACAUAUAUAUGGAAUGCCCCAACAAUUAAUUACUUCAUGAUUUCGAAAAUCUGGGUUUGCUGCUUUGGUGGAGUAACCGGAGUUCUACCCAACUUCGUUCUGGUACGGAACUUCUGAAAAAUCUAAUUGCCUAAAAUGUUAAAAGUAAUGGAGAAUCUACCGGAGAAUUCACCAGGGCUGGAGAGACAGCAGACGAAAUUGGCCGGCGCAAUCUCAGUUUUCGCCGCCUCUUAAUUUGAGUGGCUAAUGGUUACAGGUAUCUUCGUGAGAUCUCAGAGCCGUCAUUUCUCCGCUCAUGAGCCAUGGCAUUGACUGGUAUAACAGUUUCAUAAUAACGUUAGUUAUUUUGU